GCUUCAAACAUUCUCUCUCAAACCCUAAACACACAACCAUACAACAAUGUCAACAACACUGAACCAUCUCUUUGACCUCCCAGAGCAGAUUUGCUAUGUACAAUGUGGUUUUUGUGACACCAUUCUACUGGUGAGCGUUCCAUGCAGCAAUUUAUCAAUGGUGGUGACUGUGAGAUGUGGCCACUGCACCAGUCUCCUCUCUGUCAACAUGAUGAGACUCUCUUUUGUCCCUCUCCACCAUCUUUUAGCUUCUCUCGGCCAUGAUCAGCAAAAAGAAGAAACCAAUGCACAACACGUCGAUGCUGGAAAAACCUUGGACAUGGAGAUAUCAUCUCCCACGGCUGCCUAUUCUGAUAAUGAAUGGGAAGAGGAUAACAACCCUGUUAAUCGCGUUAUUAAUAAACCUCCAGAGAAAAGGCAAAGAGCACCAUCAGCUUAUAAUCGCUUCAUCAAAGAUGAGAUCAGAAGGCUCAAGGCUGAAAAUCCUAGCAUGGCUCACAAAGAAGCCUUCAGUACAGCUGCAAAAAAUUGGGCCAAUUGCCCUCCCAUUCAUUAUAAAGAUGGUGGAGAAAAUUGUGGCCUGGAAGAAGAGAAGGAGAUAUGGAGUCAUAAUGUAUCUGAGUUUCAGGUGGACAUUGAAGGCAACAAUUUCUAUCAAAGAAAGGCUCCAAGGCAUUCCUUAUGGGCAAGGAUACCAUUUGAGUGAAUAAUUAUAAGCUUAUAUAAGAAGAAAAAUGUUCCAUUUCUAGGGUUUUGCUUGGAUUCUGAAUCAUAUGUCUUUUAGAGACAGAUGCUCUUGGGAAUUAGGUUAUUACUCUACUACUUCAAGUUGUGAAACACUGACAUCAUUUUACUUGAUGAUUGUUAAGCAGGCAAAAAUGAUUUAAAAUUGGAAAUUAUUCAUAUGCUAAUUGAAUCCUAAUAAACAU